CACCUAAGUCCUUGAUUCAAGUAGUUCAAGUAUUUAGUUAUCAUACUACUUCAGAAGGCUUUGCCUUUGGAGCCAUCACUGACUGGGCAGCAUGACUGAAGUUGACACGUGCCGUGUAGUGUGCACGACGAGUAGUUGUUGCCCGUAAGGUUCGCCAUAACGUCCCAGCGCCCUCCGUCUCACGUCCCACUGUCUGUCCUUUCGGGCAAAUGAGCGAGGAAGUCGUAGAUUUACGACUCCCCGCGUAGCCGCGCCGCGCGCGCCGUUCCCAAGUGCACGUGGCCCUACUCCGUGCACGUGUCGUGCACAAUCAUCUUGAAAAAGUGCAAGAUAAAGAUUUCAGAUAUUCAAAGAUAGAAAUAAUUUCUUUCUGUUCAGUCUGAAAUAUCUUUGGAAGCCAAUAGCAUCAUGGAGAGCGCCAGUACGGAUACCCCUGAUGUGAUAUGCUUAUCAGAUGACAAGGUGGUUAUCUCCUCUGGCUCCUCUGAUGAAUCUUCUGAUUCAUCCGGCGAGUACGAAAGUGAUUCUGAAGGCGAAGGUCGAAAAGAGGAAGUAAAAUCUGGAUGCAUCAUGUGCUCAGCAACGCCCAAGUAUCGGUGUCCUGGUUGUGCUCGACAAACAUGCAGCCUUCCAUGCACACGAGGGCAUAAGGACAAGUAUGGGUGCACUGGAUCAAGAGAUAGAACAGCUUAUGUUGGCUUAGACAAAUAUUCUACACAGCAUUUGAAAAGCGAUUUUGUAUUUUUGGAAGAAGUGGAUAGGAAGGUGAAUAAUCUUCAGCGCCUAAGUUCUCAGAUGAAAACUUCAGACUGGAAAAGAAACAGGCGCAAUGUGUUGGCAAGGGCUGCAAAGUCUCAUGGAGUUCGUUAUGAAGUACUUCCUGUGGUGCUUGCAAGGAGCAAAGAAAACAUCUCAUCAUAUCAUAAGAAGAGUGAUCGUUUGACAUGGUUUGUGAAGUGGAUUUUUCCACAGGCUGACAAUACAGUUUUCUCAGAUUCUGUAUCUGAUGCGACAACCCUGGAAGAUGCACUAAAGAAAUACAUUGGUGGUGAACAGGCUGAGCCCACUCUAAGAUGCCGAUUAACCUCCUACAAUCAGGGCAGUAAUGGUAGCCUUUCAUCUGUACAAUUAUUUAUGCCUGCCGAGAAUCAACCAGCUAAUGCAAAUUGCUUCUACCGUUUUGAGCUGUCCUCUAGCUUGAGAUGCAACCUAGACGGCUGUGUACUGUACGAAUAUCCUACUAUACAUGUUGUAUUGGCAAGCUCGGAUGUCAAGUCACACACACCAUCCACUACUGAUGCUGCAUACAAUAUUGUUGACAAGACACCUAUUGUGUACACUAGUCACUCGACAAACUCAAGCGGUGCUGUUAGCAGCCAUGCAGAGACUACACCAGCUGGCAAUGUUACUUCUGCAUGUGAUCCUGCGAUGGGAGUAACCGUCAACUGUGAAGAAGGCAACGAACAGUUCGGCACCAGACACGAUUUUAAUGUCGACGCACGCGCAGCUGCUUACGGUGGAUAUGGCCCGCAUGCUGGUAAUAAUCCUGCCUCGUUCAAUGCUGCUGGUGGCUAUGGUCACCCUGGAGCACCAUACCAUGGAGCACCAUAUCCAGGAGCACAAUAUCCCGGGACGCCUUACCCAGCUAUGCCUUAUCCGCCUGGAGCAUCAUAUCCGGGAGCACCCUAUCCAUCCGGUCCCUAUCAUGGUAAUGCGCACCCGUCUGGACAGUACCCUCCUCAUCGGCGUGGAAGAGGAGGUAGAGGAGGACGGGGUAGAGGACGUGGCAGGGGUAGAGGGCAUCACGGUUACCGUGGUCGCGGACGAGGUCACUCCCCCGUGUAGUCCCGUGACAAUGACACGCGCAUUGAAUACUGAACACCGCUCUGAUUGCGUGAGUGAACGCCAAUUAGCAAUGGUGGCUGGGUUGAGCGUCAAAUCCCAAUGCUGGCUGGUAUAAACGAUUGCAAAGGUAUGCAGUCAAGUGCUGAAAGCCGGGUGUGGUUUAUGCAGAGCAUGCACAUCCUCUUGUGCUGGUGAAUGCAGUGUACAUAACAUGCAUGAUCGUUGUGAUGAUUCGCCAUGACCACACAUACUCUUAGUUCUCUGCCUAGUCAACAACGUGUUACACCAUGCCGUGCAGCACAAUCCUGCAGGUCUAGGAUCAUGCGGUGGCCGUGGAUAAUAUAGUUACAUUGAAAUGCACAUGGAUGUGUGCAUCUAUGGGUACACAGGUCCUUGUGUCAUCGAUAUACCCUAACCCUAUUAUAUACCAUUAGAAUGUAAAUACCUAAGGCCUAUAUGUACAGACUUCCUCUGUAAAUUACCGUAUAGCCAGUGUUAGCACUUUACACAUGGCAUGCACCGGCGUAGUGUUGCAGUAUGCUGACAUACACUGGGUCCUCCUGUGUUCUCUCUCUCCUCUCUCUCUCUUUCUCCUCUCUCUCUCUCCUCUCUCUCUCUCUCUCUCUCUCUCUCUCUCUCUCUCUCUCUCUCUCUCUCUCUCUCUCUCUCUCUCUCUCUCUCUCUCUCUCUCUCUCUCUCUCUCUCUCUCUCUCUCUCUCUCUCUCUCUCUCUCUCUCUCUCUCUCUCUCUCUCUCUCUCUCUCUCUCUCUCUCUCUCUCUCUCUCUCUCUCUCUCUCUCUCUCUCUCUCUCUCUCUCUCUCUCCUCUCUCUCCUCUCUCUCUCCUUUUUUUUAAAUACUGUGCUGGGUGUAUAGAUCUAAUGUUGGGUUUUACUUCAUUGUUCAGACCAUAAUUAUUGUGUACAUACGCCAUACUUUCAUUAGUGUGUACAUACGCCAUACUUUCAUUAAUGUGUACAUGUAGUCCCUCGUCAGCCUGGUAAGUGUGGUAUGACGGGCAUACAUGACAUCCUGGUAAGUGUGGAGUCACGGGCAUGCAUGACAUCCUGGAGUCCUGUGUCUCAACGACUUGAAAUGCUACACGCUGGUCCUUGUAGACUUUUCUUAUUUCUUGUUCUUUACCUCUUACUGUUCCAUUUACAUAAUUAUUAUGCCGAUAGUGGUGUAUGGUUUGGCGGACUAGCUCUCAGUAUCUCCUGUGGUACGUCUGCAAUGCACCUUGUUUUCUCGUGAUUCUCACUCUCUGAUUCCGUGUGAUGUGAUUUAUCA